AUGAGCACGGAGUCACAGAUGCAAGAAGUCGCCAAUGGACUGGCAGAAACGGAGAUCUCGUCACCAAAAUUAGGGACGGACAGUCGUUCGGAGAGUAAUUCAUCCAGUCGUUCUCCCGGUACGCCCACACCGAACUCAAGUGCGUUGCAAUUGGACCAGUUGGCCAACACGAACUUGCUGACGGUGCGGAUUAAAUGGAACGAUGCGGGUGACAUGCAGGAUGGGGACGCAGAGGCGGGUGCGGAUGCAACACCGGCUUCCGUUACAUCGACCCUAGCUGCCGUUCUACAUGCUCAUCGCGGAGUGCCCGUCAAUCCAUCGCUAAUCGAAAACUACGAAUACUUGAGCGACAAAAGUAGACAAGAAGUGCUGGAGGACAACCGGGACGUGUAUAUCCAUGAGUUUGGGUCGACCCAUGUGGCUCAAUGGCCCGCUACGAGUCCUACGUCGUCUGUGUCCGCUUGGCCAUACGAUUUUGUCCUCCAGAGUCAGUUUAAACAUUGGGAAGAUUUAACGGCAGCUCGCGACGCCGUGCUGGAAGAGCUUCGAAGGCUCAGUGACGGGAAUUCCGACCACGACGACAAUGAAAACCACGACAAGGAUGGAGGUCAUGAUUCGUCACCGCUGGCGAAAUGGUCUGUUACCGAGAACGCACACGGUCUCACGCAUCCUGGAAACCUCUACAUUAGAGGGAUCCCCAAGGACUUGAAUGUAGACGAUUUAGUGCCAGUGCUAUUGAAGUUUGGCCCCGUCUUGGCGUUGAAAAUUAUUUGCGACCCCAAUACAGGUGAAUCUAUGGGCUAUGGAUUUUUGUCAUAUCAAUUGGGCUCUCAAGCAUCGCGCUGUAUCAAAGAACUCAAUGGCAAUCUUAUGAAUGGGUCGCCCUUAUUUGUUAAUUACCACGUGGAGCGCAAAGAGCGUGAACGCAUUCAUUGGGACCACAUCAAGGAGGACAACGAUGACGAACGGUUCCGUGGCGUGUUCAUUGGAAAUCUGCCCAUUGAAAAUGAUGGAGGUGAACUGGUAACGCCCGAAGAUGUGGUUUCCAGAUUUCAAACAGCUUUUACCGACGACACUGAACCCUUCGAGGUUUUAUCGUAUUACCUGCCCAAACGUAACAGCGAAAGCGAUGUGGAAUAUGAAGACGAAAAUGACGAAAAGACUGACGACGCGGAAACUUGCGCAGGACGCCAUGAGGCGAGUCCUCUCAAGGGUUAUGGAUUUAUCAAAUUUGGCUCGCAUGCGCAAGCACUGCGAGCCAUUGAAAAGUUUCAUGACUCUGAAUGGCUUGGUAACACACUGGUUGUGAACAAAGCCGUACAAUCCAAGUCCCAUCACUACAACCACCACCACCAUCACUACCAUAAUGCCCACCACUAUCAAAACAACAUCCAUCAUCAUCAGCACAAGCCUCGCCGUCAUAGCGAAAGAUCUGUUGGCUCUAGACAGCCUAGUCUCACAAACCUUUCAUUCUACUCCCCAUUCAACGGAGUUCAACCCGGUCUUGGCUUCCUACCCAACCAAUUGCCAAUGUACGCACAUUCAGGUGAAUUAGAUCCUCACGACAAUUCGGUAGGCUACUCUCCCGUUCCUUCUCCUUCACCCAAUGCGAAUUACGUUACCUCAGGACAAUUUCAUCAUCCAGGAUUUGGUGCUGCUCGUUCGUUAAGUACAACACCAGAAGACUCCACCGCUCCUUCAUCUCGAAAUGGUUCGAUUUACCAGAUGCACGCUCAAAAUGGAAUGGUACCACAAUCUCCCUUCAUACUUCCCAUUCCCACCAAAGACCAACAAGAAUCGAAUCUUUACGUGAAGCAUCUGCCUUUGGCCUGGAAAGACGAGGAUUUCCAUCAAUUUUACGAAAAGUUUGGCGAGAUCAUUAGUGCAAAAAUCAUCACAGUGGGAGGUAGCAAAAACGGUGAAGUGCCUAACAAUUGGCCGCCUACCAAGACUACUGAAUCACCCUUGGGCACUUCAAGAGGAUACGGAUUUGUUUGUUUCAAGAAUCCACUUGAUGCGUCAAAAGCUAUGAUGAUUACGGACCGUUACCAAGUGGACGAAAACCACACGUUGUACGUUUCGUUUGCUCAGAAGCGCUCCAAGUCUGUUAGUAACGGCGAUGCCAUGCAUGUGGCGCUGAACGAAAAUCGCUCUAGUGUCUCACGCAAGAGCUUCCACCAUCAACCAAGUUCAAGGCCAGAUUUUUUUGGUAAAUACAAUCCAAAAUUCUUGAAUGCAAUGAUGCAUCAACAAAAUGGGCAGAAGCAAGCCGCUAGGCCUCGUGGCAGUUGGCCUGUAGCCAUGGGUGUUCCAAUGGUACCACCCUAUCCUGUUCCGAUGGUUCCACCGAUUGCGUCAGCGGUUCAAUUUCAGUCUAACUCAAUGGUUCCUGGAUCGAACAGAAGUGGGAAGUGGAAUCGAGAUGAAAGCAGUUGA